CCUUUUACAUUUCCUCACUCACUCUCUCAGAGAAAAGAAAAAAAGAAGAAGCAAAAAAUGGCUCGAUCUUUCGCUAUCGCUGUGAUCUGCAUCGUCCUCGUCGCCGGCGUCGCUGGCCAAGCCCCAACUUCGCCACCAACCGCCACACCAGCACCACCAACUACAACAACUCCUCCACCAACAGCUACUCCUCCUCCCGUCUCAGCACCACCACCAGUCACAACUUCUCCUCCUCCAGUCACCACCGCACCUCCUCCAGCUAACCCACCACCACCAGUGUCAUCUCCUCCUCCUGCUUCUCCUCCACCAGCAACUCCUCCUCCAGUCUCUUCUCCUCCUCCUCCCGUCGCUUCUCCUCCUCCAGCAACUCCUCCUCCCGUUGCUACUCCUCCUCCAGCUCCUCUAGCUUCCCCUCCUNCACCACCAGUCUCAUCUCCUCCUCCUGCUUCUCCUCCACCAGCAACUCCUCCUCCAGUCGCUUCUCCUCCUCCUCCCGUCGCUUCUCCUCCUCCAGCAACUCCUCCUCCCGUUGCUACUCCUCCUCCAGCUCCUCUAGCUUCCCCUCCUGCCCAAGUUCCGGCUCCAGCACCGACCACGAAGCCAGAUUCUCCAUCUCCUUCCCCGUCGUCUAGCCCACCUCUUCCGUCUAGCGAUGCUCCUGGACCUAGCACCGAGUCGACCUCUCCUGGUCCUGGCCCUUCCACCGAUGUAAACGACCAGAAUGGAGCUAGCAAGAUGGUAUCGAGCUUAGUAUUUGGAUCUGUGCUCGUUUGGUUUAUGAUCUAAGUGGAGUCUUUUGGCCACCACAGAAGUGUUCCUUGCAUUUAUUAUUAUGUCGUCGUCUCUUGUUUGUUCCAUUGUAUUGCUUGGGACUGAAUUCUUUUGGGAUUUAUUAUCUUUUGGAGAGGAUACUACUGAGAGAGCUUGAGAUGGAGAUAGCAGCAGGAUUUAUUUUGUUUGCAGAUACUUUUGUGGCUUCCUUUCGCAUUCUAUUUGAUUAUUAUUAGUGUACUAAAUUCCUUUUUUCUCCAUGCCUAUAUUUCUUUUCUU